UUGAAAAUGGAGAACGUUGCACUUGGGGGGUUUGACCCCUCCAAGCCGAAUGAGAAUGUCCGCGAUCUAAUCGUCAGACUUGCAGAUUGCGGUGCGAUCAGCAAACCAUCGACCCGAGAAAUCACGUCCCUCGCCCAUCGCAGCCCCGAAGUCCACUUCGGGAAAGCAUGGACUCAGAGUAUCGACGUUUGGUCCUGGGGGAUAAUUCUGGCCCAAUUGCUCCAGUGCCAGGUUGAUCUCCAAUCCCCAGGAAUGUACGAUUCUAUCUGCACCGGCACCCUCGCGGAAAAAGAAAAUGCCAUUCGUGAUCAACUUGCAAUCGACUUUGACCUAGCCUCUGUGCCAUUUUAUGCCGAUGACGAGCAAUGCGCCAAGAUGCUUCUUGCACCGCAGCCAGAAGAGGCGUACAUGUGGGCAAAUACCCUGGUUGAGAAGGGUGUUUUGGGCGAAGACGUCCAGUCUCUGGCGGAAGUUCUGAACCCAGAUCCAAAAGCGCGCCUUACGGUGCGUGAGAUCCUUGAAAGUGGGUACUUGGAAGGUUGA